GGCAGCAAAACAGUGCUCAUUCAGGUCCCGAGCCGUUCAGUUCGUCGCGGGUUCGUCGCUUAGAGUCAAGUCUUCCCGGAGUGUACUUCUUUUUGUGUAAGGUUCGCGGAAUUGUUGCAGUUGCGGAACGUGCGCGCCAUUUCCGGAUUAAAUGGCCAAAAUGAGCUAUCUAGUGUUCCUGUUACUUUUCGGAUGUUGUCUGCAGAUCAGAGCCGAUGACCUUUUAGAUUCGGAGGAGCCACCUGAGGGAUAUUACGCCUUCAUCGAGUCCCCGUCUGCUGUACCUCCGAAGGUGCGAUCGCCGCCGUACACCCACAUCAACAUCGACUGCAAGGAUGCCACCAACGCCAAACCGUACGUGUCCGCGAACAACCUGUGCGGAGACCUUAAUAAGGGCAAGAUUCCGCGCAAUCCCAUGCGCCAAAGUGUCCUGGGGGAGCCCUACCCAUUCGAGCUCAUCAGAAACCAAACACUGAAGUUUUUGUCGAAAACUUUGCCAGUGCUCAAGGCUGAUGAUACGCUCCCGAAGGUAACACAGAUCUUGCCAGAAGAACCAGUCGAACAGUUUGACGACAAUGGAAUCGGUCGUCGAAUGGGCAAGGGCAUCCGGAUGACCGAGGAGGCACGCAAGGACGAAGAGGAGCCUCGUACGCCGCGCAAGUUCUGCGACGGAGGUGGUGUGUUCUGUGCCCUGUACCGCGCCAUCCAGGGUGAACCCAUCAGCAGCAAGCUGGUCGCGGAACGUCGUGAAGAAGUGCCCAGUGCUUACCCACCACCCCCACGGUACGAAGGACCUCCGACUCCGUGCCCGGCCAAGGUUGAGUACGCUACGCCAGUGUUUGCCAAGAACUACCAGGGAUCGUGGCGGUACGUCGUCCAGAUCCCAUAUGAAGGAUACUUUACGCAAACCGUCGAGGUGACCCGUUGUCUCCAGGCUCGCUGCCACUACCUGGACGGAGGAUGCCUGUCGUCACCUCGUUGGGUCAGUCUGCUCGUGGCUGAAAUCUUCUAUCCCAACGCUGAAGACUACACCACAUCUACCUCCACGACACCCGCCCCCUCGAUCCAGGACUUCCAAGCCUACCAACAGUACCUGCAGAAGCGAGCUGGACUCCCAACCGGCGCGGAUGGAUCUUCGUACGAAAGCAGCAGCAGCAAUCACGCGACUCGCAAGCAGGACCAACACUGCGAUGGCCACGACGAAAUUGGAUGCUUCCAAGUGCGUCUGUACUACGACUGGUUCCUAAUCCCCGGAUCGUGCAAGUGCUGGCGGCCGGACUACUUUGCCAAGUACGUGCGAAAGCGGCCAACUCCUGAACUGUAGACGCCGUAGCGAGGACUGGACUGCAUUAUUUAUUUAUUUAUUUUAUCAUAGCCGUGUAAAUGCUAGAACGUAAAAUGGAGAUUCAAGUUGGAGCUUAUUCGGGUAUAAUAAUUUCAAAUGCGUCCUCCGAUUGCGCCCCCAUGACUGUGGCGUCCAUUGGGAUGUGUUUGUUCGUUCUCUCUAGCUGUCCACCUUUCUCUUUCCCUCCUUAUCUUCUAUCAAGCAAGCGGGUGAUUAAUCUGCUCUGUCGUGAUUUUCUUCAUUGGUUUUGGUUUCUGGGAUAAACAACCACACACACACACACUACAGGGCGUUUUGGCACACACACACACCCGCAGAGUCGGAUUUAUUUUUAGGUUCUCAAGUGAUCUAGAAGUAUGACUGACUACUAAGCUGAUGAUUUACACACACACACUGUGCGUUCUUUAUAAGACGGUUUAAAAUAAGCUACGCUAGUUUACUGCAAUAAAUGUUCGACUAUUGAGCGAGUAAUAUUGAUGGAAAGCAACAGCGAAAGGUAAUUUGUAAAUAUAAAUAUUUUUAAAUAAAACAA